AAAACUGCCAUAACUAUCUCGUUUGUAAAAAUGUACAGUAUAGUACGGGACAGGAAUUGGAGUCCAAAAGUAUGAAAAGUAACCUCCCUUUAAUUGGAAAACACCAUUUGUAAUGGCAGAUACGGACGAAAACAAAACAGAAGUUGGGCCAGAUAUAUUUGCUGAAUUUCUGGAAGUCAGCAUACAUCUCAUUUUGUACAGUCGACAUCUCUAUCCAACUGGUUUGUUUGAACGCAGAAAGAAGUACAAUGUACCAGUACAGAUGUGUUUGCAUCCAGAUGUCACUGAAUACAUCUCAAAGGUCAUUCAAAGUGUCAAGGUCAUGGUAGUCAGUGGUGAGGUUUCCAUGGUAACACUAGUAGUCCUUGAUCAGUCACAGAAUCCUAUAGAAAGAUUUGUGUUUGAACUUGGAGCUUCAGCAUCAGAAGAUGGGGAGGACCCUUAUUUAUUUAGGUUAGAAGAUGCUUUGAGAGGAUUUCUCCUAAAGCUGAAUGUAGCAGAUACUCAGCUCAAACCAUUACCUCAGGAAUGUUCAUGGGUUGUGCAUGUCCAUACAAAAGAAUCAACAGCUGACCAAUUUAUACAACAGAAAACAUUCCAGGAUUUAUCAUGGGUGCCUGCAGAUAGAAAACAGACACAGUUGAAAGAUCCUGUUUUGAUACCUUUAAAAACUACAAAUAACAAGAGACUCAAGAUGCAGCUUUAUGUAGAAGAAAGUUCAGACAAGCAGAUGGAGUCACAUUGAUUAGCGUGCAAUCACUUUGAUUGUGUAAACAUUUGCCUUGGGAUUUUCUUAUAGACUUGAUUAAUCUUCACAACAGCAGUAUUUAGGUGCUGAUUGGCAGCUGUAAAAAACCGGCCCAUAGUUUGUCUCAGUGUUUUUAUUAUUUCUUUUCCUUAGAGAUCAUGAAGUAUAUUCAAUAUAAGUGUACAGUAGGUUAUAACACACUAAAUAGUUGUUGUUCUUUUUUCUAUAUAAAAUUGACCUAUUUCCAAUGACCGCAGCACACAUCAGGACCCAUUUUAAAUUUCUGUAACUUACAUUUUCUUGAAGAAUAUUGCCAGUGCUAACUAAAAAUCAAAAGAAAAGUGGGGGUCAUGUUUGAUGCAAGAAAUAUAAUUUCAGUCAAACACACAAACUGCAAAAUCAGCUAAAAAAUGAGACCCCAAAUUAUACUGGUGGUGUAUGAUCUAAGUUUCCAUGAAAAAUUUUGUCAUGGUGUUAUUUCAUGAUCAAAAUGCUAUCUUCAUGUCAAGCAUAGAUCUGUCAUGUGAUUUUACCAAAAAAAAUUGCAAAGAAAAUAAGGAAAAUAGCUCUACACAGCGAAAAAACUGAGGACUAUUUGUAUCCGCCAUUAUGCGACUACCAUUUUUUUCGCGCCAUUUUUCUAUUUAGUGUCUGUAUGCCAGUAGAGAUCUGCUACCUGUGCUAGCAAUUAAUAGUUGAUUCGGGUUUACCUUUUGUCAGUAGGUUCUUUUCAUCCACUUUCAUGUAAAACACUACAUUUCAGUGCCUGCAAAUUCAUGUAAGAUAUCAGUAUAUAAUAUUAAAAUUUGAACAGUAUUACUCAAGUUACAUGACGUGUAUGUUAAGCUUGUUGAUAAAAUGUUUUAUCUAUAAACAUUUGUUUGUUUGUAAAACAGAUAUUGGAUUGGUUGUAAUAUAUUUAAAACAUGA